AGCAGGGGCGGGGAGAGGAGGGGAGCGAUGCUUGUCUGUGAGCCGCAGCUCGGGCUGGCAGAGCAGCCUGGAUGCGGGCCAGCGCGCCAUGGAGGCAGGGGGCUCCCCAGGUUUGGAACAAAGACCUCACACGCGGGUCCCCUGAGCCUGGGCCGGCGGGCUGGUGGCGGAGCCCGAGAGAGGCCACAGGCAGGAUGGCUGGCACUGAGAGGAGCCGGCGGUGACUCUGGUGCCCAUGGUGGCAGCUCUGUCUCCCGAGGAUGAAAUGGCGCAGGUGAAGUGCAGGCCGGGCCCAACCGCCAGCUCGGGGACGCAGGUCCACUGGGCCGCGCCGGGCCUGGGGAAGGGGUCCCGCCGGCGGCGCUGGGCCUGGGCCAAGGCGCAGAAGAAUGCGGAUGGGAGUGGCACACGCGGCUGGGGAGAAGAGGGCCCCUUUCCCAAUGCCACCAGCCCCGAGCUCCUGGAGGACUUCCGCCUCGCCCAGCAGCGCCUGCAGCCCCUGCGGUGGGACCCGGAGCCGCAGCCCGAGGGGCACCAGGAUUCCGCAUCCGGAGAGUCUGCGGGAGAGGAGUUCGAAGCAGAGGAUGUGGACAGCCCAGAAAGUUCCAACUUGCCUGUCAACUGGCUCCCCCAGCAGGAUCCUCAACCGGACAUGACUGAAGAGGAGCCUGAUGAGCCGCUGGGAGACGCUGAGGUCGAGGAAGCUGGAGAGAGCUCCCCAAGGUUGGAGUAUGAGACUGGUCUCAGCUCCGGGGGCAAUGGAAACACCAGCCCCGUGGCUCUGGGGUGGGGUGUGGCCUCUGGCCAACAAGCCAGUGGAGACAAACUUCCAGAACAUUCUGAGGUCAACCCAACUGUUGAUCUCUGCUCUGCAAGGUCCUGGAGCAGUGGGACCAUGAGCCUUGACCACCCCAGUGACAGCCUUGAUUCUACCUGGGAAGGAGAGACCAGUGUCCCCCAGCCCCCUGCCCUGGCAGAAACCUUACCACAGAGACCCAGCCACCACCUCCUGGACGCGGACAACAGAACUGGAGGAAGCGUUGCUUUGGCAACCCCCCCGGAGUUCCAGGACUCCUCCACACCCCCAGCCCACAGCCUCCAGCGUCCUGCAGGUGGAUGGAGGAGAGAACCUGCCAGCCUCUCCUGCCCUCAGCCCGGGGACCAAGCCUGGAAGCCAACCCGGACAGCACCAAAGCCGCUGCCAUCCCGAUUCACGGGCUCCAUCAGCCCCCUGAAUUCUCCGCCUAGGCCAGCCCGGCAGGACAGGCCACCACCCAGGCAGAGAGCCACUCUGGCUGGCCACUCCUCUUCUGAUACCCCCAAGUACGGCCGGGGGCGGCUGAACUACCCGCUCCCUGAUUUCUCCAAGGUGGGACCCCGGGUGAGGUUCCCCAAAGAUGAGAGCUACCGCCCCCCCAAGUCCAGGAGCCACAGCAUGGAGCCUCAGGGCCCUGCCAGGCCGCUGGUCUUCAAGUCCCCUGCCGAGAUCGUGCGGGAGGUGCUAUUGAGCAGCGGAGAAGCCUGCCUGGGAAAGGACGCACCUCCUACCCACCCCAUCACCAGAGUACCGCAAGAAUUUCAGACACCUGAACAAGCCACCAAGCUGGUCCAUCAACUCCAGGAAGACUACCGCAAGCUCCUCACCAAGUACGCUGAGGCCGAGAACACCAUCGACCAGCUGCGCCUCGGGGCCAAGGUAAACUUGUACUCAGACCCACCCCAGCCCAGCCACAGCAUCCAUAUGGGGACGAUGCCCCAGGGGACCAAGGUCUUGUCCUUCACCAUCCCACAGCCCCACUCUGUGGAGCGGUGGCCUGGCCCCGCCGAGGCCCCGCACGCUGCUGAAGUCUCAGGGUGGCCAUCGGCUCGAGGAGACCUGAGCCCCUCCUCUCCCACCAGCGCACCCACCCCAGUGUGGCCUCCAGAGGACCUGGGCAUCACCCAGGACCAGCCGUCAGUGGAGCCAACCCAGGCGCUGGCUUCUCAGGCCGGCCGGUUCCUGGCCAAGGUGGAGUCCUUCGUGGGCCUGAUGCGGGCAGGACGGCUGACGCCCCAGGACCAGCUCAAGGGCUUCCAGCGGCUAAAGGCUGCCCACGCAGCCCUGGAGGAGGGGUACCUGAAGGCCUGCAGGGAGCAGCAUCUGGCCCAGCAGGCUGCUGGCUCCGAGGGGACACCUGGGAGAUUUGAUCCUGGCAGGGAGCUGGAGGCGGAGAUAUUCCAGCUGGGAAUUCGCCUGGAAGAGCUGAAGGACCACGUGGACCAGAACCAGCAGGAGCCUGAGCCAGCUGGGUCAGACUCGGCUCUGGACAGCCCCCCAGCCACGCCCUCCCCCCACCAGCCACCAUGCCUGCCCUUUCCUUCUGGAAAAGCCCUCACGCCGGCCACCCAGACCCUCUGCCCUGAGCCUGAUGCCCCCAGCAUCGACCCCUGCCCGUUGCACGAGAACGUGGAGCUGAGCACGGCCAGCAGUGAGCUGGAGAACACGCCGCCGGGCCUCCCGGCCCCACUGGGGCACGAGGGGCUGCAUACGGAACAGGAUUUCCACGGCCUCCUGGAGCGGUACCUCACUGUGAAGUGCCUCCCAGAAGCCCUGAGGAUGGAGGAGGAGGAGGAGGAGGAGGAGGGCCGCUCCCAGGAAGUUGACGGGCCGGCUCCAGCUCCAGGGAGAGCAGAGGCCAGCAGGCUCCCCGCAAGGCAGCUCCCGGCACAGGCUGAGAGAAGUCACGGGGUCCCCCGCCAGGAGACCGUGGAGCAGAUGGUGUCCGGGAAGCCAGCGGGCUUCCGUGCAUCCAUGGCCAGAGACGGGCACCUGCAGGGCCUGGGCAAAGCCGAGGCGGCUCCUCCAGGCCCUAGCAGGCCACCACCCCCUCGGGGCACCAAGUCCGCGGAGUCCCACCAGAGCAGUCUGACCAGCCUAGAGGGAAGUGGCGUCUCGGAGCACCUUCCUCCGCGGAAGUCUCGGCACCAAGUGGGCGGGCCCCACCUGGAGGAGCCCUGGAUGGCAUCCCCGGAGACAGACAGUGGCUUCAUGGGCUCAGAAACCAGCAGAGUGUCACCCCUCGCCCAGACCCCGGAACACCGGCUCUCCCACAUCAGCGCCCCAGGGCCAUUAGCCCAGCCCUUCACUGCGUCUGUGCCCCGGGAUGCUGCCUCCCACCCGCAGACCAGGGGUCCUCCGGUCCCCAGAAGAGCCGCUGAGUCCGGCACACCCGGGAGCCAAGCCCAGAGGCGCCCGUCCGGCCAGGACAGUCGUCUCCGGCAGAGGGCACCCAGCUUCCGCCUGGAGUGGGCGCGGGCCGCCGAGAUGGCGGUCCCGGGUUCGGAGGUGAGAGGGCGAAAGCGGGUUUCUGAACAACUGCCCCCAAGCACGACCAUCAGCCCAGCCCCUACCCCGGCCCCUGCGGCUGCCGUUCUGCCCCGUGGACCAACAGAGACCACCUCCACCCUCCUCCUCACCAGGACAGGGCGAGACCAGGCCAUCCGGGAGCUGCAGGAGGAGGUGUCCAGGCUCCGUCUGCGGCUGGAGGACAGCCUGCACCAGCCGUCUCAGGGCAACCCGACGUGCCCAGCGUCUGCGUCCGACCGCCCCGCCCGGGCCCCGGACCGGCCAGCAGAGUCCUCUGCCCCCUGGAGCUCCCACUAUGGCAGCAAAUCCACAGAGAGAUUGUCCGCUGAGCCUGGAGGUGCCGAGCAAGCUGUCCCUACAAGACGGCGGCGGGCCAGGUCCUCCUCGGUGCCUCGGGAGGUGCCCCGACUGUUCCUGAGUUCGGAAUCUGAGCCCACCUCCCCCCGGCUGUUCUCUGAGAAGAGCAGGAGCCCCAAGGACAGCCCACAGACAGCUCGGGCCGGAGUGAGAGGAGGGGGCAACCCCAGACAGCCAGACCGCGUCACCUUCCGGGGCCAAUACACAGGCCAGGAGUACCAUGUUCUCACCCCCAAGACUGUCCCCAGAGGCAGUGGCACAGCCUCCUGUCCCCACUGCCAGCCCGUCAGGACCCAGGACGCAGGCGGCGCCACCACCAGGGAGCCACCGGGACCGUCUCCCACUGAAGCCCUGCGAUGUGUGCUGUGUGGUCGAGUUGGGUCCCCCCCAGAGGGGGAUGGCCCGGACUCAGCCAGCUCUGGGGCAGAAAAGGCCUCCAUGAGGAGACGCGCACCUGCCACUUCCAGCCCCAAGCAAAGAAGCCAGCAGGUGGGAUCGCCGCCCCGGCCACCCCCCGGACUGUGGUAUCUGGCCGCCCCGUCCUCUGCACCAGCCCUUCCCACCUUCGCCUAUGUCUCCUCGGUUCCCGUCGUGCCUUAUCCAUCAGCCACUGUGUUCUACACGUCUCCAGGACCUACCUCAGCCCAUCCCCCUGCGGAGGGGCCCCCUACAGCCUCACCCCAGCAGGCCCGGUGCCACCGGCCCUCCAUCCGGCUGGACUUGGAGGACCUGGAGGAACUGCACAAGGCCCUGAGCCGAGCCGUGCAGGCUGCCGAGAGUGUCCGCGCCACCACGCGGGAGAUGAGCCGCUCCCUGUGUGCCGACCUGCGGCAGGCCCCCGGCCUGCGGGGCUCCUGCCUCUUCUGACCUCUCU